CCUGACUGUCAAGACCACCUGCUCGGUCCCCUACGGCCGAGCCAAGAACCAGCCCGCGACCUCCACUCGCAAGCAUUGACGUGUAAUCCUGCUCACCUUUCCCGCACAACGCCAGCAGCUGAGGACCAUCAGGACCGCGUAUGAGUCAGUGUGCCGUGCUGUUCCGGGCCUCGUCGUUGCGGGAAACUUAGUUGGGCUGCCCGCCGGGCCACUCUUCGUAUCGUCGUUCCGUCCCGAUCCCUGGCAGGGGCUAGGUCGAUUGUUUUGCUGCUUACUAGAUAGGUAGCCAGCUUGCGAGUUCAAAUGGCCCUUGGCUGCUCUUUCUUGCACUCCCUUGGUCGUGGCAGCGCUAUCCGUCAUUCGUUGGCCCCCUCACGCCCCCAAGCAGGACGACCUCGAGGUCCAGUAGCCGCCGCUUCCCUUUAAGGGACCCCCCAAGCCUUGUCAACAGGUAUGGAUGCUAUGGAUAUGUCUGCCAUGGCAACUAGCAUGACCUCGGUCAGCACACCAACCCCGACGCCGACCAUGGCCAUGCAUGGCGGCGGCGGUGGCGGCGGCGACACGGCGAUGGGCAUGUCGGCCAUGUCCAUGACCUUCUUCCACUCGGCCUCGACCCCGUUGUUCUGGGACUGGUGGAAGCCGAGCGGACCCCAGCAGUACGCGGCGACCUGCGUCUUCCUCAUCGCCCUCGCCACCGUCACGCGCGUCCUCUUCGCCGUCCGGCCCCUCCUCCACGCCCGCGCGGCCUUCCGGGGCCCGCCCGACGGCCACCACCACCUACCUCUCCGUCACGACGAGCAGGCAACGUCCCGACAUCACGCCACGGCUGAGGAGCUACUGCUCGCCGGCGAGAAGACGGGCUUGGGCGAGGCUGAUCCUGAAGCAGCCGCCCCGAAAGGAGUCGCCGGAGUCGCGUCGAGGUGGUGGCACAGCGCGACGGUGUGCGAGCGCUUGUUGAGGGCGUCCUGUGAGGCGGUGUUGGUGUGUCUGGGGUACUUUCUAAUGGUGGCGGUAAUGACAAUGAACACCGGCUACUUUCUCUCAGUUCUGGGCGGCGUUUUCCUGGGCAUGUUCCUCGUGGGCGGCUCAGCCGACGACAGCACCGCCGGGGACCGGUGGCACCAGUGUUGAUGGCGGUCGUAGUUGAAACAUGAAUCGGACAGAAUGGCCCGGUACGGACCGCAGAGCACUGUCGACUCUGCAAGGUCGCGGAUGGCGGCCUCGCCGUGGACUGGCGACGGUGGUCGAGGAGCUUCCUUCGUGUUCGUUGUCGUCACCAUACCUAGCGUUGGUGCAUGGAGAAGGCGGAGAAGAGGUACUAGUAGAUUGGGAAUAUCAACAAAUGACGAACAUUUUGAAGGUUCAAAAGACUCUCUAUGCGGGGCUUAACUGAAGAGCCUGAAAGCCUGAUGCAUCUUGGCGGAGUAGGGGCUGAC